CAGCUUUGCCUUUUUAUUGAUUACUUGUCAUGGCAACAGGAGGUGGUCCCUUUGAAGAAGGCAUGAAUGAUCAGGACUUGCCGAGCUGGAGCAACGAGAGCCUUGAUGACCGGCUGAACAACACGGACUGGGGAAGUCAACAGAAAAAAGCAAACAGAUCUUCAGAAAAAAACAAGAAGAAGCUUGGUGGGGAAGCGGAAACAAGGCUGACUAAUGAUAUAUCUCCAGAAUCCUCACCUGGAAUGGGGCGCCGGAAGACCAGAACUCCUCAUAGUUUUCCUCAUGCUCGAUACAUGACCCAGAUGUCUGUUCCAGAGCAGGCUGAACUAGAAAGGCUUAAGCAAAGAAUAAACUUCAGUGAUCUGGAUCAGAGAAGCAUUGGAAGUGAUUCUCAAGGCAGGGCAACAGCUGCUAACAACAAACGUCAACUUAAUGAAAACAAAAAGCCAUUCAACUUCCUGUCACUGCAGAUAAACACUAACAAAAGCAAAGAUCCUGCCUCAGGUUCCCAAAAAAAGGAAAGUGGGGUAACAGUGCAAUGUAAAGAGUUGUUUGGAGCUGCUCUAAGCAAGGAUUUCUUACAAAAUUGUCAAGUCUCUGCUCAAGAAGAUGGAAGGAGAGAACCAGCUAUGGAUAGUAGCCAGAUUGUGAGCAGACUAGUUCAGAUUCGCGACUAUAUUGCUAAGGCCAGCUCCAUGCGGGAUGAUCUUGUAGAGAAAAAUGAAAGAUCGGCCAAUGUUGAGCGUUUAUCACACCUUAUAGAUCACCUUAAAGAGCAGGAGAAAUCCUAUCUGAAAUUUUUGCAAAAGAUGCUUGCUAGAGAAAAUGAGGAGGAUGAUGAUGUUCGGACUGUAGAUUCAGCUGUGGGAUCUGGUUCUGUAGGUGAGAGCACAUCGCUAAACAUUGAUGUGCAGUCUGAGGCUUCAGAUACCACGGCCAGAGAUCCUCAACAGGAAGCUAAAGAGGAGUUGGAGAACUUGAAGAAGCAACAUGAUUUGUUGAAAAGGAUGCUACAACAGCAGGAGCAAUUAAAGGCUCUUCAAGGAAGACAGGCAGCUCUUCUUGCUUUGCAGCAUAAAGCAGAACAAGCAAUUGCUGUCAUGGAUGAUUCCGUUGUCACAGAGACUACAGGUAGUGUUUCAGGAGUGAGCCUCACAUCAGAACUGAAUGAAGAAUUGAAUGACUUAAUUCAGCGCUUUCAUAACCAGCUUCAUGAUUCUCAGACCCAGUCUGUGCCAGACAACAGAAGGCAAGCAGAAAGCCUUUCGCUUACCAGAGAGAUUUCCCAAAGCAGAAACUCUUCAGUGUCCGAACACCUGUCGGAGGAGAAGGCACAGCUUUUUAACAAGAUGCGAAUGUUGCAGGGAAAAAAGCAAAAAAUGGACAAACUGUUAGGAGAACUUCACACACUCCGUGACCAACAUCUGAAUAACUCCUCCUUUUUUCCUGCUUCAGGUUCUCCUCAAAGGAGUAUUGAUCAACGAAGUACAGCUUCAGCUGCUUCUGGCCCAGUGGGCAUAGUUACUGUGGUCAACGGCGAAUCAAAUGCCAUGGCAUCUGCUCCUUAUCCUCCUGAUUCCCUGGUUUCUCAGAAUGAGAGUGAAGAGGAUGACAACCUAAAUCCAACAGAAAAGCUUCAAAAGUUAAAUGAAGUUCGUAAGAGGCUGAAUGAGUUACGUGAGUUAGUUCACUACUAUGAGCAAACAUCUGAUAUGAUGACAGAUGCUGUCAACGAAAACACUAAGGAAGAGGAAGAAACAGAAGAAUCGGAAAGCGAUUCUGAACAUGAGGAUCCACAGCCUGUUACAAAUAUCAGAAACCCUCAAGGAAUGAGUAGUUGGAGUGAAAUAAAUAGCAACUCAAAUGUACAGUGUGGAACUAAUAACAGAGAUGGAAGACAUCUUAAUACAGACUGUGAAAUAAAUAACAGAUCUGCUGCUAAUAUAAGGAGUCUAAAAAUGUCUUCAACUCUAGACUGUCAUAACAGGGAGGAUGACAAAGAUAUUGACCUACCCCAAGGGGAAGAUGAUGAAGUGGAAGAAGAUAGAGUUAGUGAAGAUUCUGUAUCUAGCCACAGAAGUAGCCUGGGUGAUGCUGCUGGAGACGCCGAGUUUGAGCAGAAGAUCAAUAGGCUUAUAGCUGCCAAACAGAAACUGAGACAGUUACAAAACCUUGCUGCUAUGGUGCAGGAUGAUGAUCCAGAACCUCAAGCAGCAAUUGCAAACGGGUCGAAUAUUGGUGACUUGUUUUUGGGUGAGAUGGAAGAGACAAAGCAACAACCAAACAACGUCCGAGCCAGCACCAACAAGUUCCAAAAGGAUGCAGGACUGAAUGAAAAAGCAAGAGAGAAGUUUUAUGAAGCUAAACUUCAGCAGCAGCAACGGGAGCUCAAGCAGCUGCAAGAAGAAAGAAGAAAACUGAUUGAAAUUCAAGAAAAAAUUCAAGUGUUACAGAAAGCUUGUCCUGACCUUCAAUUGUCAGGUGGCCUGAGCAGCUGCCCAGGGAACAGGCAGAUUUCACCAGCAACCUCAACUCCGGGCAUGAAUGAGUGUAACGCAGCUGGCAAACCUUUGCUUGAAUUGGAGGAAUCUGUGCCAGUAGGCAAUGAGCUAUGGUCUGAGAUGAGAAGACAUGAGAUUUUAAGAGAAGAAUUGCGGCAGAGGAGAAAGCAACUUGAAGCUUUAAUGGCUGAACAUCAGAGGAGGAGAGAGCUGGCAGAAACCAUAUCUACUGUUGCUGCAUCUGUUAAAAGUGAAGGAUCAGAAGCUCAGCGAACUCCGCAGCAGAGCAGGACUGAAAAGACAAUGGCAACCUGGGGAGGUUCUACCCAGUGUGCACUAGAUGAAGAGGAUGGAGAUGAAGAUGGUUAUCUCUCUGAUGGAGCUGGUCAGGCAGAAGAGGAGGAAGAAGAUGCAUCAAGUCUGAAUGACAGUUUCUCUGUUUAUCCCAAUAACAACAUACCAGAAAAUGCGUAUUUUGUUAAAGAAAACAAGGAUAGGUGGAAAAAUUGCCGUCCUCUUUCAGCAGAUGGGAAUUACCGUCCGUUGUCUAAGGCCAGGCAACAGCAGAACAUCAGUAUGCGACGUCAGGAGAACCUGCGGUGGAUGUCUGAACUUUCCUAUGUGGAAGAAAAGGAACAAUGGCAGGAGCAGAUCAAUCAGUUGAAGAAACAGCAUGAAUUUAGUGUCAGCAUUUGUCAAACUUUGAUGCAGGAUCAGCAGACCCUCUCUUGUCUCCUACAGACUUUGCUUACAGGCCCUUACAGUAUGAUGCCCAAUAACGUUGCAUCUUCACAAGUACAUCUUAUUAUGCAUCAAUUAAACCAGUGUUACACUCAGCUGACUUGGCAGCAGAAUAACGUCCAAAGGUUGAAACAAAUGUUAAAUGAUCUUAUGCGCCAGCAAGAAGAGCAACAGUGUCAAGAAAAGCCAUCCAGAAAGGAGAGAGGCAGUAGUGCACCACCCCCCCCAUCUCCUGUUUUCUGUCCCUUCAGCUUUCCUCCACAACCUGUAAACCUCUUUAAUGUACCAGGAUUCACUAAUUUUUCUUCCUUUGCUCCCGGUAUUAACUAUAAUCCAGUGUUCCCUUCUGGUUUUGGAGAUUUUGCACACAAUAUUUCCCCACACAGCAGUGAGCAGCAACAACAUCCUCUAGAUCAGAAUGUUUCUGGGAAAACUGAAUAUAUGUCAUUCCCCAAACCUUUUGAAAGCGGUUCCUCUAAUGGAGCAGAAAAACAAAGAAAGAGUCAUAGACAACCUGAAGACGAAAUGGAAAAAAGAUCAGCUUGGCUUAAUGAUAGCCAGGAAGCGAAGAAAGAGGAUCAGUCCCAGCUGAAAGCAGGUUUUGCAGCUUCAGUGCAAAACGUUGCUUCUGGUCAUAAAAAUCAGCCUGAUGUGAGCAGGAGAAGAGAGUUUGAUGAAGAGUCUUUGGAGAGUUUCAGCAGCAUGCCUGAUCCAAUAGACCCCACUACUGUGACAAAGACAUUCAAAUCGAGAAAAGCAUCAGCACAAGCCAGCUUGGCAUCAAAAGACAAAACACCCAAAUCGAAGAAUAAGAGAAAGAGUGCUUCUCAGCUAAAAGGCAGAAUUAAAAAUACUGGGUAUGAAAGUGCAAGCGCUUCUAGUGUGUGUGAACCCUGCAAGAGCAAUAAAAGCAGACACUCUGAAGAGGUGGUUCAUACAAAGGUCUUCAGCAAAAGGAAUCGGGAGCAGUUGGAAAAAAUAAUUAAAUACAGUAGAUCUACAGAAAUGUCUUCAGCGCAUGCUAGGAGAAUUCUGCAGCAGUCUAACAGAAAUGCAUGCAUUGAAGUGCCAGAAACUGGUAGUGAUCUUUCUAUGUUUGAAGCUUUACGAGACACAAUUUAUUCUGAAGUGGCAACGCUCAUUUCUCAAAAUGAGUCUCGUCCUCACUUUCUUAUUGAACUUUUCCAUGAGCUUCAGCUGCUGAACACAGAUUACCUGAGGCAAAGGGCUCUCUACGCUUUGCAGGAUAUAGUGACCAGACAUCUGUCUGAGAACAACGAAAAAGGCAAGUGCACAAAAUCACUGAAUUCGGCCACAUGGAUGGCAUCAAAUUCUGAACUCACUCCCAGUGAAAGCCUUGCUUCUACAGAUGAUGAAACUUUUGGCAAGAACUUUUCUACAGAAGCAUGUCAAGAUUGUGAACAAAAUGAUGCAGACAAUGGGAGUACUAUGUCUACAUCUUCAAAUUUUGAACCCUUUGCCACUGAUGACCUUGGCAACACAGUGAUUCACUUAGAUCAAGCUUUGGCUAGGAUGAGGGAGUAUGAGCGUAUGAAAAUUGAAGCUGAAAGUACCCUUGACUCUGAGGGCUGCUCUAGUAAUUUUCAGGGUGCUUCUGCUGCUAAAUUAGAAGGUCCAAGUACCAGUGAGUGUUGUCCUGUGCCGGAGUCAAGUGACGCCUCUGCUGUUCCGUGUCCUCGUAUAGAUACUCAGCAGCUCGACCGGCAGAUUAAAGCCAUUAUGAAAGAGGUCAUUCCUUUCCUGAAGGAGCACAUGGAUGAAGUAUGCUCUUCUCAAUUACUGACAUCAGUAAGACGCAUGGUCUUGACUCUUACACAACAAAACGAUGAAAGUAAAGAAUUUGUGAAGUUCUUUCAUAAGCAGCUUGGCAGCAUACUGCAGGAUUCACUGGCGAAAUUUGCUGGCAGGAAAUUGAAAGACUGUGGGGAGGAUCUUCUUGUGGAGAUCUCUGAAGUGUUAUUUAAUGAAUUGGCCUUUUUUAAACUCAUGCAAGACUUGGACAACAACAGCAUUUCUGUAAAGCAGAGAUGUAAAAGAAAAAUAGAAACUACUGAAGUGAUACAGUCUUACGCUAAAGAGGCGAAAAAAGGUCUCCAGGUGGAUGUUUGUUCAUCUGCUGAAGAUGUCGAUGAGGACAAAGUAUGUUUAUGCUUCUCAACUGUCUUUAUUUAUUUCUCAGAUAAUUUCACAGAUCACUUAGUCUUUCUGUUUUCUGUCAUAAAUCCGGUCUCCACAAGCAGCCCGUUUCCUGAAGAUGAGAACGAAGAUGAAGAAAUAGACUUUGAGGAAGGGCCUGUUGAUGUGCAGACAUCUCUACAAGCCAGCAGUGAAACAACAACUGAAAAUGAACAGACUUCAAACCAAGAGCUGAGUAAGACAAAAAGCAGUGAGAUUUUGUCAUCAGAACAAGAGUCUGUUAAUGUUAAAGGUGAACAAGAUGUGGCUCCAAUUUUGCCUCAUUAUCUCAACGUCAUGGAGAAUACGCCACCUUUAACAGCCCAUACCCCAGAAUCCUUCAUAACAACCAACAUGAAAACAGAAGAAUCGAGCUCAUCUCCACCAGGGAAUGAAACUCAAACGCUGGAUACAACGUGUGUAGGAAACAAAUCAUCUGCUGCAAGUUCUGACAGCUCCAUGGCUGGCAGCCCUGACACGGAGUCACCCGUCUUGGUGAAUGAAUUUGAAGCUGGUUCUGGGAACGUCAGUCAAAAAUCUGAUGAAGAUGAUUUUGUGAAAGUUGAAGACUUGCCCCUUAAACUUGCAGUGUAUUCAGAGGCAGAUUUAAUGAAGAAAAUGGCAACGGAGGCUCAAACCAACAGUUUGUCUGAUGAAUUACUGGAUGGAGGUGGAGCUCAAGAUCAAGAAUUAGUAGGAGAUGCCCAAACUCUGAAAGAACCUGAAACUUUUGGAGCUCAGAGUGCAUGAGAAUAACCUGAAGAUACCUGCAUUUAUAGACUCUAUGUACACAAACGCGUAUGGAAGAUCAGCACUAAAUUCCCAGAAUUCUGGAAGUGUAUAGAAAUGUACAAUUUUGGACACACUGCCUCUUAGGGAUAGGUAUGGUAACUUCUGCCUGGGGCAGCUGGGACAGCUGGAACUGAAUCCUCUUCAGUUUUGCUGCACUGUUCUUUUUCUGUCUUAAUCUUUUUUUAUUUUUUAUUGUGACUUGUUUAGUAAUUUUAAAACUGUUCCAAAUGGUAGUUUUAAAUAAAGUUUGGACUUGUCUGUAAA